AGUGUAGUUCAUAAUAACGAGUAUAGACAGUGUUAGCUCGCGUACGGUUCACCGCCGCCACUAUGCCUCCAGUGGCCGCUACAGUCAACUCCCGGUCGGCCACACCGACAAUCGGCGCUCAGCCGCAGCCCAAGAGUGGGCAGAUGUCGCUGUCGUUCGCCGGCUGCGGGUUUCUUGGCCUCUAUCACGUGGGCGUCGCCUCAUGUUUCCGACAGUACGCCCCACUCGACAACACCGAGAUCAUCGCCGGCGCCUCUGCUGGCGCACUCGCCGCUAUGGCCAUGUGCUUACGGCUACCCCUCGGCGAGAGUACGUCAGAGAUACUGCACGUGGCCAUAAAGGCCAGGGCCCGAGCGCUGGGACCCUUUCACCCGAGCUUUGACGUGAAUAAGAUCAUACACGACGGUCUCGUCAAGACAUUGCCCGACGAUUGCCAUAAGAGGGCCACCGGACGGCUCUAUAUCAGUGUCACCCGCGUUAGCGAUGGCAAGAAUGUACUCAUCAGCCAAUUUGAUAGCAAAGAAGAUCUCAUCCGGGCGAUCCAAUGCUCGUGUUUCAUACCGUUUUGGUCGGGUAUAGUUCCGCCCAAAUUUCACGGCAUUGCUUAUAUGGACGGCGGGUUCAGCGACAAUCUGCCGACAUUUGACGAGCACACCGUCACUGUCUCGCCCUUCAGCGGCGAGUCCGACAUCUGUCCACAGGACGACACCUAUAAUCCAUUUCAAGUGAAUUUGGUCAACACAUCGAUGUCACUCUCGGUGUCCAAUCUGUACCGAUUGACACGAAUCCUAUUCCCCGCACAUCCCGAAGACCUGAGCAAAAUGUGUCAGCAGGGCUUCGACGACGCCCUACGCUUUCUUCAGCGAAAUAACAAGAUCGCGUGCACCCGAUGUCUGGCCAUUCAGUCGUCGUUCACGUUGGCUGAGGACGACGAAGAAGACAACGACUAUCAGAGCAACGAUUCCGACUCCGGCUACGAGAACACGUGCGGCGCCGGCGAUGGACAGCACCACUCGGCCAUCAAUUGUAACAAUUGCACGGACUGUCAAUACAGGCGACAGAUCGCUGUCCUCGACUCACUGCCCGACGCUGUAGUUCAGGCGAUUCAAGAGGCGUGCGAUCAGGUGAACAAAGGCGUGAUAAACUGGCUCUUCCGGCACCGGCCGAUGAAACUGUUGUCGUUCCUGACGAUUCCGUAUUUGUUGCCCAUCGAUAUCACGAUUGUCUUAUUCUGCAAAGUGUGGCAAUCGGUUCCGGCCAUCAAACAGGAGCUGAAGAGUUCGCUCUACAAUUUGCUCACGUUUUUGCGCUCAAUUGUGGUCAAAAUGGAGAGCAAACGGCACUUGUAUUCGGCCAAAUUCAGCUGCCAAUUGGCGGUCACCGAAUUCGACUACAGCCGCGAAGACUGUCCGCAAGUGUACGCGACGGGCGGGUCGUCGCCAGUGGGCGCUCGCAAAGUGUCCACAAUUAAAGUGCCGAAACGCAAACUCACAAACCUGUCUUCGGGCGCCAACCCGUCCAUCAACCCGACGCCUACCGCCCGAAAGCUGGUCGAAAAGGCGCACAGUUUCUCACCGGGAAGUUCGGCGGCGACCAGAAAGCGCAGCCAAUACGCUAUGGACGGCGCGACCGCCGCCUCCAUCUCCGCCACCAGCGCUCAGGAGCUGCUGACGAUGAAAGCCCGGCAACGGUUGGACCGUUUGCAGCAACAGUCGGGCGCCGGCGGUCAUCAGCGCAAGUCAUACGCCGGUGUCUACGACCGCCGGUGGCCGUCAGUGUCCAGUUCCGCGACGGCGGCCGACGACGAGUGGCCGAUCGAUAGGCGCCGGUCGAUGAUCGAGAUGAUGGCGCCCAAAGUGAAGCCACCCGAACGGGUCAUUUCCAAAAUGAACUUCGGCUUCAGUUUCGAUCUGAAAAAUAAGUCCGCGGAAGAGCUGGACAUUAAUCAACGCACAGCGGGUGCCGCGGGUCUGGCGGCCAGCGCUCCCGAUUUGGAUCAGUUAUCGGCCGGCAGUCCCGUCGCCAGCGAUAACAAAAUGCUGGACGCGUUGAAACGACUCGAAGACAUGGAUCAGUCCCACGCCAUAGAGAUGGCCAACAAAGCGCUGGAUUGGGAGCGCGAGUGUCUCCAGAAGUACCGCGAGUUCGGCGAUAUGGCGGGCGAAGUCGGCAGCGGUUCCGAUGGCAACGAUAUCAACAAAAUGAUUGAAGUGACGCAAACACAAGAGGCGCUGAUGGCCUUCUACUACACCGACGAGAAUAAUAGGGUAAAAGUGACCGAAAUAUUCAACAUUAGUUCCGAUGACGGCGAGAGCGGCGACGGUAUGGCCACCACUAUAGCCGCCGACGCCAGACGCCUGUCGGGCGAUCGCCAAUCCAUUAGCGACGACGAGGACGGCCUGUCUGUACGGCACUCGUCUUCGCGCUCGUCGUUGUCGACAGUGUCCGCAAACAGCGCCGUAUCGGCCGCUCAGAGGCGGCGCAAGAAAUCGGUUAUUCUGAUCGACUGA